CAGGCUUUAAAAUUUGCAUAUUCCAUCUUUCUUCUUCCUCCUCCUUCAAUUCAAUCUGAGACUCACUCACUCUUCCUGCAUAUCUUUCUCUUUCUCUCUCUACAGACAACCACAUUUCUCAACCCUACAGCAAGCAGGCAAGGCAGGCAAGGCAGGCAAGGCAGACUUCAUUCACAUCACAUGCACAUGAUGGAGGAUGAGGAGGAGGAGGAACAUCAGCUCAAUAAUACCAACGAACAACAACAACAACCAUCAUCAUCAUUACAUAUCAUCCCUAACAACGACGACGACAACGUCGAAGAAAUCAUCUUCUACGAUGAUGAUGAUGACGACGACGACAUUGACAGCUCCUCCUCCUCCUCCUGUUCCACUCCCUUCGUCAGUGCUCCGUCAAGUCCUACUGGCCGCGACCAAUCUCUUCUCACCAUCGGACCUGCUUUCUUCUACAGUGCUCCAUCCAGUCCAAUGCACUUCACUCUCUCUUCCUCUUCUUCUUCUUCUUCUUCCACUUCAAUGCCUAAGUUUUCUGAUUCCUCCGUCUCCACCUCCUACGAGUUUGAAUUCUCAGCAAGAUUCGGAACGGUCGGUAAUGUAUAUGGAGGAUUAGGAGGAGGUGGAUCAAUGUGCUCGGCUGACGAGCUCUUCCUCAACGGACAGAUCCGUCCAAUGAAGCUCUCAUCUCACCUCCAGCGACCGCAACCUCCUCUUGAACCUCCCUUGUUAGAUCUGGACGACGACGAAUCCGAAUUCAAUAACAAUGAAACAACCGGAGGAGUGAUUAUUGAGAGGGGACGUGAUGUCAAAUGGCGCGACAGAUCUCUGAGGCGUAGGGCCAGAUCUAUGUCUCCUCUCAGAACACAAGAUCAGUUUCAUUGGCACGAUGAUGAUGAUGAUGACGCCACCACCACCACCACCGAUGGAAACAACAAUAAUGAGAAGUUGACUACUGAUCAUGAGAAGGAGAUUACUGAAGCAGUUGAAAGCAAGCAGCAGCAGCAGCAGCAGCAGGAGGAUGAACCGGUCUUCGGUGAAGAGAGGAGUUCUUCUUCAUCUGCAAGCCGGAACUCCUCCUCCUCCUCCUCGUCAUCGAAGAGGUGGAUCUCUUUGAAAGAUCUGUUGUACAGAAGCAAAAGCGAAGGUCGAAACAAUGGGCAUAAGUUUUGGAGUGCCAUUUCAUUUUCACCAGUCAAGGACAGAAAAGCGCCGGAAUCUGCAAAGGUGGUGGUGGUAACAGGAGGAGGAGGAGGAGGAACAACAGUAGAUCCAAAUGAUAAUAAAAAGAAUAAGAAGAAUAAGAAGGUGAUAGUAGGAAGAAAGGCAACGAACGGAGGAACGGUGGGAGGAAAGAAUAAGAGAAGGGCGGUCCCCCCUUUGUUAUCCCCACAUGAAGUGCAUUACAAGGCUAGCAGGGCACAAGCUGAAGAGAUGAGAAAGAAGACGUAUUUGCCGUACAGGCAGGGAUUGCUUGGUUGCUUAGGCUUCAGCUCUAAGAGCUAUGGUGCGAUGAAUGGUUUUGCUAGAGCUCUCAACCCAGUUUCCUCAAGGUAACAACAAUAAUAACAAUAACAAAUCUCAAGCAAGCAAACAAAUCAAUCAUUAUCAAUCAAUGUGGUGAGAAAGAAAAAGAAGAAGAAGAGGGUUUCUUCUUUUUUGUUGUUGUUGUUGUUGUAUAGAUUUCGAAUACGAGUAGAAGAGGAGAUCGGUCGGGCCCAGUUUUUGAGCCUGGAAAAAGAAAGGACUUAGCUUUCUUUCUUUCUUUCUUUGUUAUAUGAUAAUGAUUGAUUGAUUGUUGGUACGUAUGUCACAAUUUAUGAACAACAACACUAAUAAUAAGUAAGUAAUAAUAUUGCUUUUCUUCUCCUACCCGUUAGUAAGUUUUAUAUAUUAUUAUGCUUUGUG